ACAUUUGAUUCAAGUAUUGAAGUGAAUUUCAUUGAAGAUCGCAUUCGAGAUGAAGCUCAUAACUUUUUUGAUGGUUGGGCUAUUGGGAAUGUUAGUAGUGCCAAACCUGACCGACGCAGGUUCUUGCAGUUCUACCCAAACAAUUCGAAGGGUUUAUGUCAUACGCCGUAACCUGUCGUUCUCCAUAUUCAAAUGGUGUGCACUUGCUCAUUCGGGAUUGAUCCUGGAGAUGACAGAUGGAAAACAAUGUGUACUUGAAUACAUGGGUAACAGCAGAACGUAUCUAUACGACGCGAAUCCUACGUCCACUACAAGUUGUUGGAUCAAAAGAUGCAAGAAACUUGUUAUGGCAGAUGAAGAUGGCAAAGAAUAUACAUGGACUCGUCAGAAGUAUGGUACUAGUACCGCUAGGUACCCUUCAGCGCGAAUUACACCACAGAAAGCCAAACAACGAAUGAAAGAGCUGAUGCAAUCUUCUACGUACAACCUGUUAAGCCACAAUUGCCACAUAGCACAGGAAAAAUUACGCAGAGACUGGGGCAUGACAGUUCCCAGGGCUUACACUCCUAAUGUCCAAUCUAUAUGCAGUUGCAGCCUUCCUCCUUGGUUACCAGGACAACUGGGCAAAUUUCUUCGUCUUGUCAAAGCUUACUGCCGUUUUAGACGAGGAUGAAAGAGUACUGCAAAAGCAAGUACCAAUAUCUAGACUGGUUAAACUGGUUAUUUUCAAAGAUAGCUCUGCAGGCUGAAGACUAAAGUAGAAGWUAUUUUUUUAAACUGCAUGAUCUCUAAUUUUUAUGGUUAUAUUUAGUUGGUUUUUAUGUAAUCAAUUCCUUUAUGCGCAAAUGUAAAUGUCUUUUUUGACUAUCAAUAAAUGGACAUUCUAUCUCAC